GUAACAGUAGGGGGCAGUAAUGCUCCUCACUCGCCAGCCCACAUUAAUCAGAAGAAGAAGGUGCUCAAGGACUAUAAAUACAUGUGCUGAGACGAUACAAGAAGAAUAUAUAGUGAAAACAUGGCGAAAAAUAAACAGAAGGGUAAAAAACAACAGAAUGUAUUUCAAGUGGCUACCAAGCAGGCCAAGCCCAAAUCCAAAACCAAGCCAGUGAAGACUUCAUUAAAACAUAUAAACACCCUGAAAAAAGAAAAAGUGGAGAACUUGAACCAGAUGUUUUCUGAGGUACAGCGGGAUAUGAAGAGCGUUUCAAAAUCUACAGCCAAAAAACCUACAGGGAAAACACUGAUCACAAGGAAGAAAGUCCAGGAGCCAGUGAAUGUGGAUGGAGCCGCACAACUUCUCUCUCAACUUUAAUGACGCAUAUCAUCUCGAAACAAAGUCACAUGACUAAGUUCUGCACAAUACAUAAAUGUAGUUAAAUAAAAAUGCAGUCUGGAUCUAA